AUGCGGUUCAAAGAACUAUAUCCCGCUAUUAUUGUUGCAUUGGAAAAAUUGGAGUCAUCAAUAAAUAAAGAAACUGCUCAAAAGUCUUGUCAGUUAUUAAGUACAAUUAAAGACGCUAAAUUUGUUAUACCUCUCGUAAUAAUUGAAAAUAUUUUUUCGUAUACAUUGACAUUGUGUAAACAGCUACAGACAAUUAAUGCUGAUUUAGUCGAAGCAUGCAAUCAUGUUGAUGGUGUGUUAGCCGUAUUAGACGAAAUGAGAGAAAAUAACAAACAACAUUUUUCAGACCUGUUUUCUGUUGUUGCCAUCAUGUUGAAUAAAAAUAAAGAAGACAUUGUUUUGCCUCAUAUCGCUAAUAAACAAACACACCGUAGUAAUGUGCCCUCUCAUAGCUCUGAAGAGUAUUACAAUUUUAAUAUUUUUUUGCCAUUUCUCGACUAUAUCAGAUCACAGCUUUGUGAUAGAUUUCAGAAACACAAAUCUUUAAUAAGUUCAUUACAACAAAUCAUUCCAAGUAAAUGUAUAAUCGCUACCAAUGAAGAAAUAAACGACUGUGUAAACUUUUAUUCUCAGAUAUUGAUUGAGCCUAAUGCUUUCAAAGCUGAAUUUGCAAUAUGGAAGACAAAGUGGCUAAAAGAAGGAUCUCGCCCAAAAACAGCAAUUGCAGGACUUGACAAUUGUAACCCUCUUUUAUUUCCUAACAUAAGGAAACUUCUACAAGUCUUAGUUACUAUGCCUAUGUCAACAGCGACACCAGAAAGAACAUUUUCAUCUUUAAAAAGAUUGAAAACGUAUCUCAGAAAUUCGACUAGUGAAACACGCCUCAAUGGAUUGGCUUUAAUGUCAGUUCACCGGGACAUCAAUGUUGAUCCAGAAGAG